UUGUGCUGGAUGUUGGCUCCUUUUCCUUGUGGGAGCUCUGUACUCCUUAGGUGUGUUCAAUGAAUCUGUGGAAGAAACGGCGACGACAGAGGGUGAUUUAGACGGUGUAGUGUCCUCCUCUAUGGUAUACAUGAGUCUUCUCUCAAUGCCAGUGAUGCUGCUUGUCGGAGUGGUCCUCAGUGGCGAAGAAGAAAACACACGAUAUGCUGCCUUGCCUAUGCGCUUCUCAAAGACACAGAAAAUCCGAAUAGCCUCUGCUAUAGGUUCCCUACUAUUCGGAACUAUCGGUUUAGGUGGUAUUGGCGUCUCAAUGGGAAGUAAAUCGCUGAUGAUUAUUGCAGUUACUCUCCAAGGAAUUCCCUUCGCCAUAUACUAUCUCAUUUCUUUAGAGCUGCUCGCAGCUUGGUCGCCAGCACGACCAGGCCUCGCAGUUGGUCUUGGGAAUCUUGCAUAUGGUCUGGGGACAAUUGCCUUCUCUGGAUUAUUUGAGUAUCUCUUGGAACGUGUUAAGUGCAGCACCGCUCUUUUUAUAACAGGUAUCGCUCUUGUGUUCUUUUCAGCACCAAGCAUUGCACUUCUAAGUUGGCCGUGCAAGAAAUGCUCCACACAAGGAGGUUUUCCGGAGAGCUACGCUGAUGUCGAUGACGAAGGGGAACUUAUAUCUUGGAGGAAACUGCCAUUCCUUAUCCCUUUCUGGCACUACGUGCUAGCAAUUUUCGCGGGUCAAACAGGAUAUGCGUUCAUUCCGUAUUUCUUCAACAUUGGAAGAAGCUUCGGCAUGUCGUCAACCACAGUCAUUAGGUCCUAUCAGAUUGCCAUUACUUGCUCUACUGUGUUUCGGUUGCUGGUCGGGGUGCUCUCAGAUUGCUUGAAGUGGGGAAAUGGAUUUUUUUCCAUUGGGUCGAAGAAUGUGACACUACUCUUAUUCAUCAUGCAGUCAUUUUCAUACAUUGCACUUAUUUCAUUCUCCCAGACCUUGAACUACGAUGGAUUCGUAUUCUCCGCUUCGGUAAUUCUUAUGGUUUUCGCAGGGGUUGCGGUAGAAUCGGCAGUUUUGGCCCGUGACAUAUUCUCUCCUUCAAAUAGCUCCCUCAUAUUCGGGGUUGGGGCAAGCAUAGCAAUGGGUAUUGGUGAAGUUAUGUCUGGGAAGAUAAUGGCUGCCGUUGACCUUAGUGCCCGUUCCGCUGAGCUGUCGCCAGAGAAGUACAACAUGUUUUAUGUAAUCGGUGUUGUUUUAAGCAUUCAGGGAUUCUUGGUAUGCAUCAUGCUUCGGAGGUACAAAGCACCAAGAAGGAGUAUUGUCACAUACUCUGAGACUGUAUUGAACGGGGUAACUGCUCUCAAAGCGGACGAAGCAAGCUCCCUCUCGACCUUGUAUGGUGCAGUGCAAAGGGAAGAAACUCCUCUGUAACAGGAUCGCACGCCAAGUUUGUGGACAGGCGCGAGAAGUACUGAACAGCGAAGUAGAAUCGGUUCUCUUUGCUAAUGACGUGGGGCCAGAACGAACCAGUUAUCCUUCAGCUACUGAGCAAGCAGGGCUCGUGUCAAGGCAGGGAUUGGUCAUAGUACAAAACAAAUUUUCCCAUACAAAUUUUCUAACAGGGAACAGUAGUUCUAUGGCUUCCCUCAUAACACGUUGGCAUGGCAUGCCGAAACAUGUAUUGAAAACAAAAUGUGGAACUGAAAGUUUAGAAGAGUCAGUCUGAACUGCAGCGGGUCGAGAAGGUUGUUCAUCCACUCAAAACCCGACGAAAGCCGAAUGAUGUCGUUUCUGAGGGUUGAGUGGUGCAACACAAAGCCAAGCACAAGAGCCCGCUAGAAAGAAGGACGGUGCGGCGCCGUCAUCGCAAAGAAGACGCUAGCGUUGACGCUGAAUGAUGUGUCGAGACAUAUAUUGUGAUGGGAAGAAGCGCGAAAGAGGUUGUUUGUCUCGUGAUAACGAAGACCUUUAUUUGAAGCUCCUCAUCUGUUUUCGUUUCCGAAUGUGUCUCAUCGACUGCCCACAACGGCAGCAUAUACAGAGACAUAUACAGAGAUACAAAUAACUCAAAGCCCGCGCGAUCUA